GGGACUUUGGCCUCAUAGCGGAGUGUGGAAUAACAGGUGGAAUUAUUGGUCAUCUUGAGCUGCCCCACUAUUGCGACUUGUGUGUCCGCCGUGGGCGCUCCAGUUUCCUCCCAGCUUUGUCACGUCCCUUCCUUUGGCAGACAUGGCUUUACUUUGAAAGGCCAAACCGGAAACGCCCGCGAAGCGACUUUCUGACUUGCCCUGGUGACAGUCCGGGUGAGACGCGGCUGUGAUCGGAAAGUGCGCGCGGCGUGAGAACAGUGCCCCGGAGCGAGUGAAGCCGCCACCCUGGCUGGGGCGCACCAUGGUCCAGAGAGCGGGACGCGGCUUCCUCCUGCUGGCCUCGCUGCUCAGCCUCGGCUCGCCUCAGGUUCUGCGCAUCGGCGGGAUCUUUGAGACGCGGGAGAGCGAGCUGGUGAGCAUGGACGAACUGGCCUUCAAGUUCGCCGUCGACAACAUCAACCGCAACAAGACACUGAUGCCCAACACCACGCUGACCUACGACAUCCAGAGGAUCAACCCGUUCGACGGCUUCGAGGCGUCCAGGAGAGCGUGCGACCAGCUGGCCCUCGGGGUGGUGGCCGUCUUCGGCCCCUCCCACAGCUCCUCGGUCAGCGCCGUCCAGUCCAUCUGCAACGCUCUGGAGGUGCCGCACAUCCAGACGCGCUGGAAGCACCCGUCGGUGGACAACAGGGACACCUUCUUCAUCAACCUCUUCCCGGAGUACACGGCCGUGGCCCGAGCCGUCCUGGACGUGGUCACCUUCUUCAAGUGGCGGAGGCUGACCGUCAUCUACGAGGACAGCAUAGGGCUCAUGAGGAUGCAGGAGCUGAUCAAGGCUCCGGCCAAGCUCAGCUUGAAGAUCAAGAUCCGGCAGCUGAACCCCGGCAACCCUGACGCCCGGCCGCUGCUGAAGGAGCUGAAGAAAGACAAAGAGUUCUUCAUCAUCUUUGACUGUUCCUAUCGCACGGCCUCAGAGCUGCUCAAACAGCUUUCAUCGAUGGGAAUGAUGACGGAGUACUAUCAUUUCUUCUUCACUACUCUGGUGAGUCUCUUUCCUCCCUCACACACUCACACGCGUUUACACACACGUGCGCACGCACACAGGCAGCAGCUGGUGUUUGGGAGGCGACUGACUCCCGUCUGCCACAGAGCUCGAUGCUUGUCCUGCGUGCGUGCGUGCGUGCGUGUGUGUGUGUGUGUGGAGCCGGUGACGUGCGAGUCUUCUUCCCGCCUGCUCCAGGACCUGUUUGCUCUGGAUCUGGAGCCGUACCGCUACAGUGGCGUCAACAUGACGGGCUUCAGGCUGCUGAACAUGAACCACCCCUGGGUCUCUGCCACCAUGGACAAGUGGGCCAUGGAGCGCAUGCAGGGUCCCAAACAAGAGAGCGGCCUGAUGGACGGCGUCAUGACCACCGACGCCGCCUUGAUGUACGACGCCGUGUUCAUGGUGGCGGUGGCGUCGCAGCGGGCCACUCAGAUGACCGUCAGUUCCCUGCAGUGUCACCGCCACAAACCCUGGCGCUUCGGCCCACGCUUCAUGAACCUCUUCAAAGAGGCGCAGUGGGACGGACUGACCGGACACAUUGUCCUCAACAAGACGGAUGGUCUGAGGAAGGACUUUGACUUGGACAUCAUCAGCCUGAAGGAGGACGGAGCCGCGCGGGGUUUUGUGGAGGGCGGAAGUCGCCUGACCAAGCGGUGGAUCAAGAUUGCUGUGUGGAACUCCUACAGAGGCAUGACCCUGAUGGAGUCCAACAGAGACGACAACAAGAACGUGACCGACUCGCUGGCAAACAGGACUCUCGUCGUCACCACCAUCCUGGAGAACCCAUACGUGAUGCACAAGAAGUCGGACAAGGAGCUGAGCGGCAACGAUCGCUUCGAGGGCUACUGCCUGGACCUCCUGAAGGAGCUCUCCAACAUCCUGGGUUUCACCUACGAAGUCCGACUGGUGGCGGACGGCAAGUACGGAGCGCAGAAUGACAAGGGCGAGUGGAACGGCAUGGUGCGGGAGCUCAUCGACCACGUAGCAGACUUGGCCGUGGCUCCGCUCACCAUCACCUACGUCCGGGAGAAGGUGAUCGACUUCUCCAAGCCCUUCAUGACCCUGGGCAUCAGCAUCCUGUACCGCAAGCCCAACGGCACCAACCCCGGGGUCUUCUCCUUCCUGAACCCGCUGUCUCCGGACAUCUGGAUGUACGUGCUGCUGGCCUGCACUGGAGUCAGCUGCGUGCUCUUCGUCAUAGCCAGGUUCACUCCCUACGAGUGGUACAACCCGCACCCCUGCAACCCCUCCUCCACGCUGGUCCAGAACAACUUCACUUUGCUCAACAGUUUCUGGUUCGGCGUCGGAGCUCUGAUGCGACAAGGUUCAGAGCUGAUGCCCAAAGCCCUGUCCACCCGCAUCGUCGGGGGGAUCUGGUGGUUCUUCACCCUCAUCAUCAUCUCCUCCUACACGGCCAACCUGGCUGCCUUCCUCACCGUGGAGAGGAUGGACGCCCCCAUCGACUCCGCCGAUGAUCUGGCCAAGCAAAGCAGGAUCGAAUAUGGGGCGGUGCGAGAUGGCUCCACCAUGACCUUCUUCAAGAAAUCCAAGAUCUCCACCUACGAGAAGAUGUGGACCUUCAUGAGCAGCCGUAAGAACACAGCCUUGGUGAAGAGCAACAAGGAGGGCAUCACCCGGGUUCUCACCACGGAUUAUGCCAUGUUGAUGGAGUCGACCAGCAUCGAGUACAUCAGCCAGAGGAACUGCAACCUCACGCAGAUCGGAGGCCUCAUCGACUCCAAGGGCUACGGCGUGGGAACGCCCAUCGGUUCUCCUUACAGAGACAAAGUGACCAUCGCCAUCCUUCAGCUGCAGGAGGAGGGCAAGCUGCACAUGAUGAAGGAGAAGUGGUGGCGAGGAAAUGGCUGCCCGGAGGAGGACAACAAGGAGGCCAGCGCUCUGGGUGUGGAGAACAUCGGCGGCAUCUUCAUCGUCCUGGCCGCUGGCCUGGUCCUGUCCGUGUUCGUGGCCAUCGGGGAGUUCAUCUACAAGGCCCGCCGUAACGCCGACAUAGAAGAGUCUGGAUCUUCUUGCUCCAUGGUGGAGGACGUCUCUCGGCCAGGUGGCACCAGUGCCCGCAUCUUCUGCCGGCCCACUCUUCCUGUGAGGGAGCGGCGGAGGCGCCUGACCUGAACCUGACCCGCCCCCCUCUGAUCCGACCCUGGUGUGGACCGGAGAGCAGCAGGAGACUCUGCUGACAGCUGGAGGGCCCCGCCUCGUGACCUUCCCGUCAGAGCUCCGGCAGACUUCUUCUGAAGAGGAGAAGCAGUGUUAGAGACCAGGGCUGACCUGAGCCAGUCCCUGUGAGGCCUCAGCACUUGAGCUGACUCGCUCCACUCUUGCUCCUUGGGAGUCGAAGCCGUCACCUUCCUUUGUCUGGUCCCUCUUCACACACACACACACACACAGUAAAACAGUUUUGCUUUUUUUAAA